AAGUAGACAAUAUUUGAACUCGUUAGUAAUUAGUUGAAGAAAUUGGUUUCUACCUAACUAGCAUUGUUUAGCUGGGUUGUAUAUCAAACGUUUCCAGAUGAUCUGCAAAUACAACCCUUCAAACAAACAGUUUGACUUGCACUGCAAUUAAAAUAUUAUCACUGUACGUACCAUAUGUUCUUGCAAAAACUUUCACUCUUUUUAUUUUCGCUGCUUUACAGAAUAUCUACAAAUUUCAACCAAAAAUGGCAUCAAGUAUUUUAAACAAAAUUGGUUUUUUAAUCGGUGUUGCCUUCCUUAUGCACGCUACACUCUCCAUGGCAUAUUAUCGUGCACAAUCGAAGUUCUUAAACGGUGCAGUGGCUGUACCAUUCGAUAUUGUUGUCCGAAUUGGUCUAGGCUUUAUAUUUAUCAUUUACAACUCUGUAGAGCUUAUUUGGAGUUUUCAGGAUAUUGAUUUAAAGACCAUAAUGAGACAAACUUGCAAAGAAGCAGCAAAGAACGUAACGAGGGCUUGUCUUUUUGAACCACUCGGCAGAAUCAUGGUCAACAACCAUGCGGAUGAGAAAGAGUUCUUUGAAGAAAUUUAUUAAGUAAUAUUUAAAGUGUCAGAAUAUAUCUCAUAUAAUACCAAUAAUUAUAUAAGAAAUGUUUUUUUA